GUCUUAGCAGAUAAAACAGCAGAAUGCUUGUAAUUGGUCGCGGGUUGGCGCAUGGUCAAUGGGCUGGCCACGUGGAGUUUUUUGGUUUUUCCUUGUUAUAACAAUGCAACGUCAUUUGUACACUUUAACUUAUUCUCCAAUCAAAUUUAUAUAAUACUUGCAUAAAGAAACCCGAGAAGAACCAAAGCAGAUUGGCAGAGCAUAUUGUAUUACGAUAACAACAUGAAUGCAAGCGAGUGUUUUCUGGUAUCUGUUGGUAUCAUUUUUGUUACUUCAUGUACGAUGAGACUUUUGAAAGAGAUUUUUCGGAUGAUACAGCUCUAUGUAUCUCCAAGCUUUUUAAAUCAUCACCCGAAAAGAUUUGGAGAAUGGGCCGUAAUCACCGGUGGGAGUUCCGGUAUUGGAAAACACACAGCCCAUGAGUUAGCAAAGAGGGGUUUGAAGGUAAUGCUUAUUAGCAACGAACUAGAAGAACUGGAGGCUACGGCUAAGGACAUCGAAACAAAAUUUGGAGUCGAAUGUUGUUACGCUCUGGCUAAUUUGACUGGUGGAAAAGAGGAUUAUGACAAUCUGUGGAGUAAAAUAGAAGACAAAGACGUCGGGAUUUUUGUAAAUUGCGCUGGAAUCGCCGGUAGAUUACCGUGUGAUUUUCUAAACGAAACCGAAAGUAACACACUAACAAUGAUAGCUUUGAACGUGAAAACUGUAAUCAGUACUACUUACAGAAUGACUAAGAUGUACGCCAAGAAAAAUAAAGGAAUUGUUAUUAAUGUUUCAUCGGCUUCUCCGAUACAUCCAUUUCCUUACUUAGCCAUUUAUUCCAGCUGUAAAAAGUUCAUAGAUAUAUUUACCAAAGCGGUCAACGUGGAAUUCGUAGAUAAAGGCAUAAUGUUGCAAUCACUCCUUCCGUUUUUCGUUCAAACUAGAAUGACAAACAAACUGAUCACAAAAAGCGUGUUCGUUCCUCUGUGUGAGAAAUUCUGCAAAAGUUGGAUAAAAUGUAUCGGAAAGGAACAGAGUUACACUGGUUACUGGUUGCACGAAAUUCUAUUUUAUUGUAUUUCCUGCUACGGAUACUCUCCUUAUACUCUCCUCAGAUAUUUACUUGUAAGAAACUGAGAGAUA